UCCAACCUCUUACCUUCAUCUCGCAAUUCCCUGCUCAUCCCUUCACGAUUCAUAAUGGGUAUGGUCUUUGGGAAGAUCGGCGUCGAAACUCCGAAUUACGAAGUCAUCAAAUCCACCACUGACUACGAAAUCCGCAAAUACCCACCUUCUGUUGUAGCUGAAGUCACCUACGAGCCAUCUCAGUUUAAGGGAAACAAGGAUGGAGGAUUCACAGUUCUGGCUAAUUAUAUUGGCGCUUUAGGGAAUCCCCAGAAUACUAAGCCCGAGAAGAUUGCCAUGACUGCUCCUGUUAUAACGAAGAACACAGAGAAUUCUUCUGGUGGAAGUGAGAGUGAAGCCAUUGCUAUGACAGCUCCUGUUGUGACUAAGGCUAGUGACACUGGGGAGAAUAAGAAGAUGGUGACUAUGGGGUUUAUAUUGCCGGCCAAGUAUGGGAAAGCUGAGGAGGCACCAAAACCGUUGGAUGAGAGGGUGAAGAUCAGAGAGGAAGGAGAAAAGAAAUAUGGGGUUGUGAAGUUUGCAGGAGUGGCAUCAGAAACUGUGGUUGAGGAGAAGGUGGAGAAGCUCAAGAGGAGCCUGGAGAGAGAUGGGUAUAAGGUGGUCGGGGAUUUCGUGCUGGCGAGGUACAACCCCCCUUGGACUUUGCCUCCUUUCAGAACUAAUGAGGUUAUGAUCCCAGUUGAAUGAACACAACAUGACUAACAGUUUGAUGUACUGCGUUGUUGGAUAGUUUGUAAGUUUUGAUAUUUGAAAAUCUGUGAAUGUAAGAGAUGUUUCCUUAAGAAGACAAGCAAUGCUAUAGUCUUUUGUGCAUUGCUGGGUAACUUGUCAAGAGGAUUGAGUGGCAGAAAGUUUGUAAUCUGAAUAGCUGAUCGUAUAAAUACAGUUUAGUCCUUUUCUUUUUACCA